GAGGAAGGGGUAAAGGUUAGAAUGGGUUGUUAGAUAGAUUCAUUUCUUUGUUAAGGGUGAAACCAAUUCAAUUGGGAAACAUAAAGUCUUCCGAAACAAUGAUUGUGUUCUGUCCAUGAUAUGUAUAUGUCAAUCCCAAUAUUCCAUCCAACCUUGCCCGAAUAAAUCUACCCAAUUUCUCUUUUUCCGAUUCAAAAUCUCAUCUUUGUUGCCUAGAUCAAUCCGCUUCCCUAUCUUUUCUGUCAAACAAUUUUAAUCUCAUGUUCCUCUUCAACUAAGUAAUAGCAACUAUUCAAUGGCCCUUUUCAUUGUUGCUGUGUAAAUGGAAGCAGUUGCUAUUGCACGACUUUUCCAAGUAUAUCAGAUAUUUGCUGGGGAUUAAGUUAAAAAGACUCAAUGGUAAACCCGAAUGUGUCUAGUCAACCAAAAAUAUGCUAUAGGCCUAUUCGACCUUCUGACCUUGACAUUUUAGAGCAUAUCCAUGGCAGAUUAUUUCCUAUCAGGUACGAAUCUACUUUUUUCCAUGAUGUGGUAAAUGGACGUGACAUUGUGUCAUGGGGGGCUGUUGACAGCAAUCGCUCCGAUGGUCGAAGUGACGAACUCAUUGGAUUUGUAACAGCACGGAUUGUUCUUGCAAAAGAAAGCGAGAUAGUGGACAUGCUUGGAUAUGACUCAGCUAGAUCUGACCAAACUUUAGUCUAUGUUCUGACGCUUGGAGUCGUGGAAGCAUAUAGAAGUUUUGGAAUAGCUUCUUCUCUGAUUCGGGAGGUCAUAAAAUAUGCUUCAAGUAUUCCAACCUGCCGAGCUGUCUACCUGCAUGUAAUCUCUUACAAUAACCCUGCAAUCAAUUUGUACAAGAAAAUGUCUUUCAAAUGUGUGAGAAGGUUGCAGGGGUUUUAUUUGAUCAAUGGCCAACAUUAUGAUUCGUUCUUAUUCUUGUAUUAUGUAAAUGGGGGUCGAUCUCCUUGCUCACCAUUAGAGAUUCUCACUGCAAUAGUAAGCUUCAUGAGGAGUGGCUUUAAGUCAGUGGCUGCAAGGCUGUGCAGGAGCGGAAGCAGGAAGAUCUCAAGGCGGGCAAAGUGUAAAGAAAGUCAUUCUCUUGUGUCAGCAACACCCAACAAAAGAAACGUAGCAGUGGAAUGUUCUGGUUAUGAGUGUGUUUAACUCUGUUUAUUUUUUUAAAGUUUUCUGUUUCCUGUAUCAAUCAACCUCAUUAUUGUUGAUUCCCUCCAGAAAGGUCAUAUUCGAGCCAAAAAUAUUUCUUACCAUGAUGUCAUAAUAAACAUCCUCAAUCCAGUGAAUUCACAUAUACUGUUAGAAGGUGAUAAUAACAACAUUUAAGUGUAUGUGAACAAUGAAACUUGUGAUUCUGUUGAUCA